AUGGUUCAACCAUCGUUGAUCAUUGUCUCGACACCCAUCCCCUCCGCCCAGCACCUCUCUGGUCGCCCAUCCAGCCCCGAAAACAUGACAAAAGAGCCCGCCCACAUCACAGAUGACGUGGCCUCUCGCCUCGACCCUGCUGUGCGCCCCUCCCCUCUUGUAGGGAUGUGGGCCGGCUUCCAACCCCUACGUGUAUCCUCCAUCGACACCCGAUCUCCCCUGCAACCCAGAUAUCGGCCCCACUGCGUGCUGUUCACCCUGCCCUUGCUCUCACCUCACCCCUCCCCUCCACAGGGAUGGCGACGACGACAACAGGGUGACGACGAGCAUGGCAACAGGGCCGAGGACCGGGCGAGGAAGAGGAUGGUGACAGGACAGGGCAACAAGGAUGGUGACAGGCCGAGGACUGGACAGGAGAAGGAUGGCGUGCGCAAAGCCAUGCCCUCUCGCCCUCUCGCCCUCUCGCCCUCUCGCCCUCUCGCCCUCUCGACCUCUCUGCCCUCUCUGCCUCCCGCCCUCUCUGCCCUCUCUGCCCUCUCCCUCUCCACAUCACCCACCCCUCCCCCUCAACAGGGAUGUGGGUGCCACUCUUCCUCCCACCAGUCCCCUGCUGACGUUCGCUGCUCACCACGACCUCUCCUCAUCCCUUCCCUCUCCUCAUCCCUCCCUACCCAUAUCUCACCCUCUCACCCUCCCUUCUUCGCCCUCUUCCCAACCCAUGGUUCCACGGCAGCGCGAUGGAGGAAUGACAAAUUCAAGAGCAGCAACUCAAGCACGUUGGGCGUGCGGAACAAAUGUAAAUGUCGUCAUGGUGCAGGGGCAAGCACAGUGGGAAAGAAGUGA